AUGGUAUUGAGGCGCAAGAAGGUGAGUUUCCUCAUGGACAUGGUCGCCGUAGGUAAACGCAAUUCCGACGAGGAUGAGUUCGUUCCGUUUUGCGGAGGCACACUGAUUUCGCAUACCUGGAUAGGAACAAAUAGAUUGACGGACCAGAAAGGCGUUAUUAUUGCCAUUAAACAUGCGAUAAGACAUCCCGGUUAUAAACCACCCGCGAUGUAUGCAGACAUAGGUCUAAUAGAGCUCAUGAACCCUAUCACAUUUAACACAUUCAUACGACCUGCCUGUCUUUAUCAGCAAUAUGAUACUGUGCCUCGAAAGGCUUGGAUUACUGGCUGGCAAGCUAGUCUCGAUGAUGUUUAUGUUUUUAACGAACGAUUGUUAAAAACUCAACUGGAUGUAAUAGACAAUCUAUACUGUUCAGUAGAAUACAACGAUUUUGAAUUUCCAAUUUUUAUGGUAUUGCAACGAGUAUGAUCUGUGCUGGCAAUCCUCACAAUAAUAUUAAAGAUUUGUGCCAAGGAUAUUCUGGUGGUCCUCUGCAAAUUUAUCCUGAGAGCAAAUGUCUCUUUCAAGUAAUCGGUAUUAUCAGCUCUGGUAAAGGCUGCAUACAAGACCAAAUCCCCAAUGUUUAUACUAGAGUAUAAACAUCUCAUUAUCUUCCGUGGAUUGAAGAUAAUGUC